UUGAUUACCACCAACUUAUCUCAUAAUCUUAUUAUUAGCUAAACCUAAUGUUCUCAACUAAGCAACAUUCUUGAACCGCAUUUUCGACCUCAACCUCUUGAAAACUUAUACACCACUGACAAUCGAUUUUGAAGGACUUUGGGAGUUGUUGGGCCAGAAGAUAAAGAAGUUAAGAGUUGAUCAUCGAGAAGAUUGCUCGACCGUACUUGAAACUAUCAAGCGCCGAGAAGUUUUGGAGGAGUAUAUUUAAGAGAGCUGGUGCAGUAAGUAACAGAGGCUUUCGAAACGAAACGAAAAGAAAAUAUUGAAAUAAAGCUUUGCUUCAUUACUUCUGAAAAUACACGAACGAUUAUACGAUUAUACGAUUAUACCGCCGGUUCAUCUUUCUUCUUGGUGAAGGAGAGAGCUUUAAGGGUGCAUUGGUUAGAGAAAGAUACCUCAUCCCACGAUAGACGGGAUUACAUUUUGAAAGUCACGGGAUUUUCAAAGAGAGAGUGAGGCAGGAGUAAUCAGAAAAAGGCAAGAAAGGAGAAGUCACAAGUUACAGUGAGAUAAAUUGCAUCCAGAUCAUUGUCAAUUUUUGGGAUAAUCAAUUUUGCUGGUUAACACCAAUCAUAACAGAUUCUGAGUGAAGAAUUACUUUUCAGAACAACCUUAGCAAGAAAUCAAGAAAGAUGGAUACUUUAUUGUGAGUGGUUAUGAUUCUUUGGUUAUUCACUUUACCCCCUCGUUUAAGUUCGAGGCAACCUUGUGAUUAUUUUGGUGCACUGUACCUCUUUCCUUUUUCUGCUUUGCACUUUCUUCCAGCAAUAAUUAAAAAUUGCAAUGCAUUCCUCCUCCUCUCAAUCGCAGCCAUCACCACCAUUUUCCCCUAGGCGCUCUCCUAGCACUCUCAUGAUGGAACUCGACCGUAUCGAUACUUUUUUUGCUGAGACUGACCAAGAGCUUAGAACCGCGGAAAUCGCUGCCAAUUCUCCUCGCUUUCGUCGGAGGUCUUCAACCUUCAUUGAUGGAGUUCAUGAUUUGCCAGAUGAGAAGGCCACUUUGGCUCCGGCUCAAUUGUAUUCCACCGAGUCGGGUAGGCUUUUUCAUUCUGGAAGAAUCGCUAUUGUUUUAGUUGGACUCCCUGCGCGUGGAAAGACGUGAGUUAUCCUUCCAACUCAAGGUGUUAAAUUUACUCGUAAUAAUUGAUUGCUCUUGCCCAGACAUAUCUCCGUUUCACUCUCGCGUUAUUUACAAUGGUAAGUUCGAUUUGUGAUCCAAAAUGUCUUCUUUGCUAAUUGUUUUAGGUUGGGUGUUAAGACAAGAAUUUUCCAUCUGGGAGAUUAUCGACGUGCUACCAUGGGUCCAGGUCAAGAUGUUCCUGAUGACUACUUCUUCAUUAAUGCAUCUGCCGCUUCAGUUAUGCUCAGACAGAAGAUUCUUAAGAAGUGUCGUGAGGAUAUUUAUGCCUGGCUCAAUCAUGAAAAUGGCCAAGUUGCUAUCUAUGAUGCCGUCAACCCUCUUUCGGGUGGACGUAGAUCUCUUGCAAAAGAGUUUGCCAAGCAUGAUGUACAGGUAUGUGGUGUAUAACAACAAUAUGAUUACCUGAUGAACAGUGGUUAAUUUUAUUUUAGACUUUAUUCCUUGAAUCGUAUGUUACAGAUGAGAAGAUACUUCAAGAAAAUGCAAGAAGUGUCAAAAUAUCAUCUCCAGAUGUAAACCUCCCUUCAGAGCGUUGGAAAUAUCAGGAUGAUGCUAAGAUAUCACAAUCGCAGUUCGUUGGAAUGGAUCCUGAAGAUGCUGCCAAACUUUAUCUCAAAAGAAUUGAUAUGAAAAUUCCCCACUUUGAAACUAUGACUGAAACUGACCUCAAUUAUGUUAAAAUGAUCAACGCUGGCGAGCGCAUCGAUUAUAACAACGUUAGCUUUGGCUACCUAUCUCAUCGAAUCGUCUUCUACCUUAUGAACCUCCAUAUAAAAUCUCGCCAAACAUUCUUCGCUCGCGCCGGUACAUCUAGCUUAGAUGAUUCCUACAAAGCCGAUGCAUCACUUUCAGAUGAAGGUCGAGCAUACGCUCAGAAGAUGUCAGAUACAUUACUCAAACACCGUGAAGAAGAAAGAGCAGCUUCCAUUGCGGCAGGUGGCUCAGAUGAACCACUUAAACCAUUAAGUGUUUGGACAUCUACCAGAAAGAGAACAGUUGAAACAGCGGAGUAUCUUAAAGGAAAAGGAUUUAGAGUUAGACAGAGAAGUCAAAUGAGUCAGUUAAAUCCGGGUAUAUGUGAGAAGAUGAGUGAGAGAGCUCUGAGAAGAUUGUACCCAGAAGAGGUGCAGAUGCAUGAGUUGGAUCCUUAUCAUCAUAGGUAUCCUCGUGCUGAGGUAUGUUUUUCCCUUUCAAUGUUUUGUUUCCCUCGCCCUUGUAUCAAUGGUCCCUGAGUAUAUAGAUACUGAUCAAAUAAUAGUCAUAUCAUGAUCUCGCCGUCCGCAUGGAACCAAUUAUUCUUGAGCUCGAGAGAGAACAAAAUGAUCUUUUAAUUAUUGCUCAUGAAUCUGUUUUGAGGGUUCUUUAUGGAUAUUUAAUGGCUUGUGAUGCUAUGAAUAUUCCUACGCUUAAGUUUCCUAGAAAUGAAAUUAUCGAGGUAUGUAUUGUUUCCUUUUUCCUCAACUCAAUUUAACUCUCUCCUUCAUCCCUACAUCCUUCAAACAUUCCCUAGUCCGUCAUCCAAUAAUAAGCACAUCCUAACACUUUCGACUCAUAGAUAAUUCCAGCCUCCUACCAAAACGAAGCAAAACGUAUCCAUAUCGAUGGACUCGCCCCAGAAAUCAUCCCCGGCUCUCCAGAAGAUAUUAGAAUCCCAGUACCUCCUUCAACUGGCCCCUCGGCUAUUCCUUCGGGUGUUCAAAGUCCUUUCCCUGGAAUUGGUACGCCGGCUUUGGGGGCAAGUGGAGUGGCUACACCUGUUGGUGGUGGAGAGAAGAUUCUCGGGGAGAAUAGUAGUAGUAUUGGGGCCGAGAAGGGUAGGCUGGUAGGAACGGGAAUUAAUCCUUUGGCGCAGGAUUAGAUAUGUUAGGGUGGAUGGAUGGAUAGAUGGAUGAAUGAGUAAUAUUGCUUGUUUUUUUGAGAUAAAUUAUGGAUAGGAUUGAUUGUGAAGUGUUAGAAUGGAAUGGGAAUAUGAAUAUGUACGUGAACUUGAGUGUGGACUUGAGUGUGGGCUUGAAUGUGGACUUGAACUUGAACUUGAAUUAUUUAUAUGGAAAGAGUCGAACUUGUCAUAUUCAUUAUAAGUCUAAUACCCUACUUUCCGGCCACCCCUCUUUCUGGACAUCUUUUUAUAUCAAAAAUCAUUAUUUUCAUCUAUUAAUAUUUCAAUAAUCAA